CAGCUCAAGUCAUGAAAAACAUUACGAAAAACGUUCAGCUCGGCUUUGGUUCCUUCGUUGAUAAAGUCGCCAUGCCAUUUGUAGACAUGGUUCCAGAAAGUUUGCAAGAUCCUUGCUAUAAGAAUGGUAUGAGCUGCGCUAGGCCUUAUGGAUUUAAAAACCAUUUGCCCUUGACUGGAGAUAUCAUUAAGUUCAAGGAGACUGUUUCUAAAGCUUCUCUGUCAGCAAAUUUGGACGAUCCCGAAGGUGGAUUUGAUGCUCUAAUGCAAGCUACAGUUUGUAGGAAAUCCAUAGGGUGGAAGAAAAUAUCCAGAAAAAUAAUUUUGUUUGCUACUGCUUCAAAAUCCCAUUCUGCCGGGGAUGGAAAGCUUGCUGGCAUUGUAAAACCGAACGACGGUAAGUGCCACCUGAGUAAAGAAGGACAUUACACAAUGAGCAUGCGUCAAGACUAUCCGUCUGUUGAGCAGCUCAACAAUCAACUAUCCCGGAAUAAAGUCAUUGUUGUAUUUGCUGUUUUGAAACCUGUUGCGCACGAAUACGAAAGUUUAUCGGGGUUACUGGAAGGAGCGGUUACAGGGGUGCUAGAAAGUGAUUCUUCAAACAUCGUGGAUUUGUUACGAGAACAAUAUCGUAAAAUCCGCUCGGUUGUGGAGCUUAAAUCCAAUGCUCCAGAUAACAUUGAGAUCACAUUCUCUUCCAACUGCAAAGAAGGAAACAUGUGUGAAGACGUCGAAGUUGGUAGCUCAGUUGAAUUUGAAGUCGAAGUGAAAGCCACGUCUUGUCCUUCAGAUCCAUCUCAAUGGAAUCAGACAGUUUUGAUUUCUCCGGUCGGAUUGAACGAGUUUGUACAAGUAGACAUUGAGCUGAUAUGUGAGUGUGACUGUGAGAAGCCAGAAUUCGAGGAAAAAAGCAGUCCACGUUGUAGCAAUCUAGGGGCAUAUAAGUGUGGGAUGUGUUAUUGCGAAGACAACCGUUUUGGAAGAGAAUGUGAAUGUACUGGGAACGACCUAAUCAAACAGGAAAAACUUGAUCAAUGCAAAAAGGGAAACAGUAGUCGGGUGUGUUCUGGUCAAGGUUAUUGCGUUUGUGGACAAUGCACCUGCCCACAACAAAAAAGUAAAAAUAUAUUUGGUACCUUUUGUGAGUGUGAUGACUAUUCAUGUGCAAGAGAUGAAGAAGGAAAAAUGUGUGGGGGUGAAAAGAGGGGAAUGUGCUGUGAAUCGCAAUGUGUAUGUAGAGCCGGUUGGAGUGGUAGCAGCUGCGAAUGUAGCACUGAUAAUUCUACAUGUAUUUCACCUGGAAAUCAGGAAUCAAACUUGAUCUGUAGUGGACAUGGGAUCUGCAAGUGUGGACAAUGUGUCUGCACUUCUACCGAUAAAGCCCGUUAUGGUGGUCAAUACUGCCAAGACUGUCCAACUUGUGUUGGACGUUGUGAAGAAUUUAAAGCAUGUGUCCAAUGCAAAGCUUUCCAGACGGGUUCUCUGAGUAAUGAAGAGUGCAACAACUGUGAGUUUGAGGUUGUAAAAGUGGAUACUUUACAUGUGUCGUCAAAGAACAAAAGGAGGUGUAUCUUUAAGGAUGAGAACAAAUGUACCUUUAACUUUUGCUAUAGCUACUUGAGCAAUAAUCAACUCCUAGUCGAGGUACAGGAAAAACAGGAUUGUCCAAGAGAAACUCCUACGGCAAAGAUUGUUGGUGGAAUUGCAGGAACUGUUUUCCUAAUUGGGCUAAUUACUAUUUUACUGUUUCGGAUCUUUGUUCAUGUGAAAGACAAGUGGGAAUUUCAGCAGUAUCAAAAAGCUUUGGAGAAAGAAAAGUGGGCUCAUGAUAGGAAUCCACUAUACAAAGAUCCAAAACAAACAUUCAAGAACCCCAUGUAUAGACGUAAUGAGGGUGGAAAUGAGGGUGACGUCAAUCAAAGUGAUGAGAGAUACGUGUUUCAAUAACUUUUUCCCUCACAUAAACUGGAUAAACUACCCAAUCAAUGCGCACUAUUGAUGAUUUUUCAUUAUUAGUUGUAAUGAAAUAUUUAAGGCAUAAAAUUUUGUCCUUGCUCGAAAUAUCAGAUCAGCAUUGCCAAGACUGUCAAAAUCUUGGGUUAUCCUAGAUAAUUAGUCUUUUAUUCUUUUCUAAACUUCAGACUUCCAGUUUAAGAACACCACUUCUGAAGAUUUUGUUGAUUAAAAUUUAAUAUUCACCAAAAUGCUUUCAGUAUUAAAUAAUGCUUGAAAGUAUUAGUUAGAAUAUGUACGAUUCACAAA